AGCUGCCGUCAUUAGCAGUCUGUAUGAACAGUUUGGUUCGAGCUUAUAUGUUGAAACUCCUAUUAUUUGUAGUUGGCUGCCUGCUACCUGGGAAGCUGGUAGAGGCGGCAUUCCUGUGGGAAUGCGAAGGAGUCAUCAUCACCCUUAUAAGCAAUCCGAAUCAAGAAUGCAGUGAAUUUGUCCAUUGCGAUGGCGAUAAUUCCUAUUACUGCAAUGGGGAAUGCACCGAGCCCGUUAUCUGCAACAAUACCACAGUGAUCGCAACAACUCAGUCCAGUGUCAACACGGAGGCAAUUACCAAUGUUAAUACAGAGCAACCAACAACUGAGCAUCAACAUCCCUCGACGCCCACCACGGACUCUGCGACGACAAUCAGCAGUAAUCCUCAUGUGAUCUGCAAGAAGAGUAGCCAAAAUAUUGUUUUCCCUUAUCCCGCAAACAAGAACUAUUAUUAUCAGUGCAUUUCUAAAUAUCUUUUGCUGCAGCAAUGCCCGCAGAAUUUUUACUUUGAUGAGUCACAAGGAAAAUGCAUGGGCACGAAACCUUAUCGAUUGUAAAACCCAAAUCUAGAAUACUCUUGUUCUGUGUUAAUAAAGUAACUCAUUCGACAA